AUUUCUUUCAGUUUUGCUAAGAGAGAUAUUGACAAAACAAGAAAUGCUUCUAGACCAGCAAAAUACAAUAAUGAGAAUCCUACAGUCAACACAUCGCCCAAGGUCUGAUGUCCAUGAUGGGGCCAAGUUCAGAGAUCGUCUUCCUAUCAAAAAUGUUGAGUCUCUCCAGUGCCUGGAGGCUGAGCUGAAGAUGAAUCCUGAUGCUAAAUCAGAAUUGACUACCUUUCUGGGUCUGGUUGGUGGCUUUGACCUCAAAGACACCGUGUGGAGAGUGCUGAAAGCCACUUUUACAACUGCUGUUGCACGUGUUAUGAAUUGGAGAGGAGUUAAUGGGAAGAUUGGUGUCCACAGCCUGGUCUUAAAGGAAGUUGUCAUUGGUGCAGUCAGGCAAAACCCCCUCACUGGAAAAGCAUCAAAUAAAGACAUUGAAUUUAACAUCAUUAAAUGGUUACACCUCGCUGGAGACCGAGAGGGGGGGAGAAGGGAGCGAUUGAAGAAGCGUGAGGCCCAACAACACAUUGCCGACCCUCAUUAGAGACGUUCCUGUAAAUCAACACACAUUUCAGCUUACCUUUCAAGUUCCUUUAAAUUGACCAAUUUCUCUCUGUACAAGUUACUUUUAUUUAUUUAUUUUUCUGUUUUUUUCACUCUCAGAGAUAAAAAAGCAUUAGUCUAAGACUCUUUGAAUGUUAUUUAUAUUAUUAAUAUUUAUUCUUAAUGUUUUCAACUGAAAUCCACUUAUAUUAUUAAGCACAACUGAGUAGAUGUUAGUAGCUGUUGUCUUAAAUAACUAUUGUAGUAGCUGUUUUCUUAAAGCAUUAGUAUAAGACUCUUGAAUGUUAUUUAUAUUAUUAAUAUUUAUUCUUAAUGUUUUCAACUGAAAUCCACUUAAAUUAUUAAGCACAACUGAGUAGAUGUUAGUAGCUGUUGUCUUAAAUAACUAUUGUAGUAGCUGUUUUCUUAAAGCAUUAGAGUAAGACUCUUGAAUGUUAUUUAUAUUAUUAAUAUUUAUUCUUAAUGUUUUGUCUAAGACUCUUUGAAUGUUAUUUAUAUUAUAUUAAUAUUUAUUCUUAAUUCAAUUUAUUCCACUUAAAUUAUUAAGCACAAUUGAGUAUCUGUUGUUAGUAGCUGUUGUCUUAAAUGUUAUAUUUAUUCUUU